CUUCAUCAAGAUCAAGACGUAAGUUGGUAUUUUCAAGUUGAUGCGAAGAUCCACGAUGUCGACAGGAGGUCAUCCGUACGACCGUGGCGGACGACGUGAAGGAUCACAGGAACGAGAUCGGUAUAAUCGAGAUGACUACGAUCGAGGGAGACGAGGCCAUCAGGACUUUGAACGUGGAAGAUCGAGGGAAUGGGAGAAGAGUGAUGCGAGAGAGGAGGUCGACUAUCAGCGUUCACCGCCGCCAAUCUGCUUCGGCUGUAAAGUUCCAGGACACUAUAGGAGCGAUUGCUGGAGAUUCUGGAGUAAUGCAGACUCGAGGCGCAAGGCUGAACGCGAUGGGUACAUCUGUCCUCCUGAUUUCGAUAAAAGAGGAAGAUCGGGCUCACCUGUGCGUGGGCAAGAAGCGCAAUUCCGAAGAUCUCCUUCAUUGGAUUUUAAGACGAUAACAAAGAUUGCGGAAUUUGGGGAUACCGUGACUACGUUGAAGGAAUUCGUGGAGUUGGAGAAAGCGAAGAAAAUGGAGAAGGAACGCAAGCGCCUAGAACGUGAGAAUGCACGACGCGAAAUUAAAGAGGCGAAACAACGUGAGGAGGAGCGCAUGCGUGAAGCGGAAGCAAGGCAAGUAAAGAAGUUGGAGAGAACGAAGAGACGGGAGGAAGAACAGCUAGCAAUGACAAAGGCCUUGGAAGUACAGAUGGCGAUCAGGUUGAGCCAGAUACAUGACGAUAUUAAGAAUGAAGUGCGGAAAGCAAUCGAUAAAGGUAAGGCGAAGGUCAAUGAGGAGGCUCCAGGCACGUCAGCCGGUAGCACUGGAGAACCGAGUGUUGAAGUUAUCACAGACGAGACGAAGAAGCUAUCAAUUACCGAAAAGAGGAAGAGAGGCGAAGAGGCGCUUGUGGGCGAUAGUCCGCCCGUGGUGACGCCAGCAAAACGGUCUAACAAGAGGACAACAAUGAGGCCGGUGAGGCUUUCGGAGAGAUUGCAGCGUACAAGGACGCAUGUGGGGAAGCGUACGGCGAGAACUAUUCCAGCAAGGUGUCUGACGACGAUUAAACCAUUGAUACACGAUCAGGCGAUGGAGCGCAUGGUCUUUCAGGAUAAUACCAGUCGCGAGCUGGCAACGCUCGACUGUGACAAAAUCCGUGUUCUGUGUAAAGAGGAAGGUGUAGCCUACACAACCAAGAUCCAAGCGAUCUCCAACCUGGCGGACGCGAGAGCUGCAGUUCUGUUUCGAACAGGCAACAACGAGCAAAACGAGUGUCGUGUAGCCACUGGGGAGGAGCUAGGUGAGUCAAGUCCCGAAGUUUCGGAGGCCGAAUCGCAAGAGUGAUAUGGUUUGACCAUCCAACAAUGGCAGGUUGUCUGUGAGACCAUUAUUGAUGUUCAUCGAAACUUUGGUUGUAUAAAUCAGGAGGUCGAGUAUAUUUUCCGAUUGUUGAUAGUUUACCUUGCAGCAGUAGGAUGUUAUAGAUGGCUACGAAAAUGUGUAGACUCUUGGGUGCGAUUAUUUGGACGAUUUGGGGUGGAUUUUGUUGCACAACCACAUUGUGUAUAUAUAAUUACAUCACCAAGAUGUAAAUCACAGUAUGUGGGACAAACGACGAGAAGUCCUGACGUGAGAUGGAAUGAGCAUGUGUCCGUUUGGAAACGAAAAGGUAAAUCCACACAGCUGUAUCGAUGGUGGAUGAGAUUUGGGAUUGAAUCGUAUGUUAUGAUUCCCAUCGAUGUAGUUUCUCAAACUAAAUUGUUGGCGGUAGAGACUUGUUUCAUUAAGCGUUGGAGUCCAUUCUUGAAUACGGCCGGGGUUUUGACGAAACGGACUAGGAAGUACGAUAAACGCAAAGGCAAACG